AUGAUUGCAACAAUCGCCGGCCCAUCGCCACCGUGGACAAUCGUUCGUCUGUUCGCGCUAUGGAAAGGCGCACUCCUGCUUGUCGCGGCUGGGAGCGCGCUGGUCGGCCCCGCAUAUGACACGUCGGCAAGCCUUCUGCUGGCGCCGGCUUCCAACUCGUCGUCAUCCAUGUUCCUGGCGAGGCUGACGAGCUGGGAUGCAAUUUAUUUCGUGCAGCAGGCGCAGCGCGGCUACGUCUUUGAGCAAGAGUGGGCUUUUGGAGAGGGCCUGCCACGCAUAAUUACACGAGCGCUUCGAGGUCUCAACUCUGUUGGCUUGCUCCAGGAUGGCGGCCUCCAAGCUAUGGCGAUUGUGGGCGUCAUCGUCGCCCACGUGUCUCACCUGCUAUCCUCGCUAGCGCUCUUCUGGUUCGGUGCCCUGGUAUUGGGUGACCAGCGCCAGGCCCUCGUGGCCGCGUGUCUGCAUGUGCUCUCCCCUGCCGGGCUGUUCCUCUCGGCCCCGUACGCCGAGGCCGGCUUCUCCUACAUGUCCUUCUUUGGGCUGUACCUCUUCGCCGUGAGCCAGAGCUCCGACACCACGUACGGAGGGAGGCUGAAGAAGGACGGCGCCAUCAUCGUUUCCGGGUUCCUGCUCGGCCGGGCUACCACGUUCCGGACAAACGGGCUGUUGAACGGCGUGCCGUUUGCGUAUGCGUUCUGCCGCGACUGCCUGCGCUUCUUGUCUAAUCCGUCGCUGGUAGGCUUGAGGCGUAUCGUUGUGCUCGGUGUUGCGGGCCUAUGCAUCGCUGCUGGGUCUAUCUGGCCGCAGGCGGUCGCUUAUACCAGGUACUGCACCGAGCCGUUGGCGGAGGGUCUCAAUCGCCCGGAGUGGUGCGCUCGGACUAUUCCUAGCAUAUACUCGUUUGUGCAAAGCAGAUACUGGGGCACCGGCUUUUUUGCGUAUUGGACCAUCUCCAACGCUCCUCUAUUCUUGCUGGCAGCGCCGAUGUUGUAUAUUUUGAUUAGAUCGGGAUGGGAAACUGUUACUGCAUCGCCUGGAAAAUCCAUCGGGGCCGCCAACACUGCCGCGAAAGGUGACGUUGGUGAUCUGGUCAAGGCUCUUGCUGCAGCUCAGAUAAUCCUUGCCGUGACGGCUCUCACGAGCUACCACGUUCAGAUCAUUACCCGUCUUUCCUCAGGCUACGCUGUCUGGUAUUGGUGGUUAGCACAACGUCUUGCUGAUGACAAAGAUAAAGGGGGCUUCGGGAAGGGGGUUGUGACCUUUAUGGUUAUGUACGCUGCCAUCCAAGCAGUCUUGUUUUCAUCCUUUCUCCCACCGGCCUAAGGUAAAUAGGGUUAGCUAAAGGCGAUCGGUGUGGUAGGAGCAAACAAUGCAGA